AUGCCUAUCUCCAAACGGGCGCGUUUGGUCCACGAGUCCAAAACCGCCAAAAAAUCCCACAAGGAGCAGACUCGGCGGCUCUUCGCCAAUAUCCAAACAGCUGUAACUCAAUAUGACCACAUAUUCCUAUUUUCAGUGGAUAAUAUGCGAAAUACAUAUCUAAAGGACGUUCGCACUGAAUUCGCUGAUUCCCGCCUAUUCUUUGGCAAAACAAAAGUGAUGGCCGUCGCCCUAGGCAACACCCCCGAAACCGCCUGCGCCCCAAACCUCAACCAACUAACCCCAUUCCUAACCGGCAACGUCGGCCUCCUCUUCACCUCCCGCUCCCCGCAAUCCGUCCUACAAUACUUCAACUCUUUCCAUCCCACUGACUUCGCGCGCGCGGGCACCGUCACAACCCGCUCUUUCACUAUCCCAAGCGGCAUCGUAUACUCUCAAGGUGGUGAGGUACCAGCAGACCAGGACCAGCCAAUUAGCCACACGAUUGAGCCGAUGUUGAGGAAGUUGGGGAUGCCGACGAGGCUGGUUAAGGGGAAGGUUGUGUUGGAGGUGGAAGGGGAGGGGUAUCAAGUUUGCAAGGCUGGAGAGACGUUGGAUUCGAGGCAGACGACGCUGUUGAAGAUGUUUGGGGUUGCGGUUGCGGAGUUUAGGGUUGAGAUGAAGGCGCAGUGGAAUCGGAAGGAUGGGUCUGUUGUUAUUUUGGAGAAGAAGGAUCAGGAUAUGGAGGGUUGA